GCUCAAACUCUUCCGUGACCGUCUGCAAGUCAACAUGGAAAGGGCAGUACGCGCUAUUCAGGGCCUAUUACCGAGUACACUCCCCCCAUCUCUACGAACAACACCCGCAAAUCUUUACCAGGUGCUUUCUCGAGCUCCCGGAGGUGGCGCGGGCCAGCGUGUGCACCAGAUCCGAUGGACAGAAAAAGGCAUACGAAACUGCUACUGGCAGGUAACGCGAACACGACUCAAGCUUGAGGGGAACCACGGAAAGGCAUGGGGGAAGCUGUACUGGAGAGGCAAACAAAUUAGUGAACAGGAGGAGAGGAUAGAUGGUUCGUUAAAAUACAAGUGGUCAACAGGUCCAUCUUAGCCAAUGGAAAUAUUACCGUGCAGGCAAGCCGGCACACUGACGUUUGGGACGGUUCAAGUUAGUUACCCGCGUAAUGAACAUCGCCUCAUUAAAACGUCCUCUACCCAUCAUUAUUUUCGACAACCAUAGAUUAUCAUCAAGUGAAUUUGGCAUUGUUACCCGUUAAUGACUUUUCCAUUUUCGAAGAUUGUCACUAUUCAUUCAGUGUUUGGACUAUGUAUAUGUAUAUGAUGUAAGUGCCAAGUGUGACUAUGGCUAGAUCUAAUGCAGGCUUGGACAAUAUCAUCGCGAGCCAUGACACGGUCGCGACACGAGCAUCUGGACUGAAUACCAAGGUGGUCGCCAGAUGCUGCCC